CAGUACCUGGGCUCGUUCCCGGUGGCCGGCGGCGAGCCGGCGGCGCGCGGCGACCAGGUCUCCGCGCAUCUACAACUCAUGAAGGAGAACGGGCGUGCGGUCCCGGUGCUGGUGGUGGUCGCUCUCUCGGGCGUCAAAGUAUGCGACCCCGACGACCAGAGCGUGCGCAUGGUCCACGCGCUGCGUCGCAUCUCGUACGCGACGUGUGAGGCAGCGCGCGCGCUGUUUGCGCUGGUGGCGCGCGAGCCGCGCUCCGAGCCGCCGCACCACUACUGCCACGCCUUCCAGACCGACACGCCCGAACAGGCGGAGGAACUGAACUCGUUGGUGGGAGAUGCUUUCCGAAUGGCGUUCGCGUCGCAGCUGCAGCCCUCCGCGCCGCUCUGGAGUAAGGAGCUAAGCGGGAGCGACUGCGGCAUGGGAGUACGCGCGCCAGACACCCUGCCCGGUCUCACACACCACUAUUGUAGCGACAGGUCCCCAGCGAAAUGCAAUAUAAUGGGUGUGUCGAAGCUAGUAAACGAGCCGAGUCCGAGCAGCUCGGAGGAGUCGAACUCCCCGACGGAGCUGAACUGCUACCGGCGGCUGGGGGAGCGCCCCCCGCUCAUGAAGAGACUGGCCAUGGGGCUCAGUGGAGCGCUGCUGCAACCGUCCGACGAUGACUCCACGCCACUCGUCGCGGACACACCUACCACGCCCACAAAUCUGCCACUAUGUAUGAACGGAGGUUACAUCAACGAGGCGUCAGAAGCGGAGGCUCGCACGCGGGAGAGUAACCGCGAGCCCCCCGCAGUGCCGGCCGCACCGCGCCGCACUGAGCUGUUGACGCAUGAUCUAGAUGUCGACUUCAGGAGGUGUAAUAAUAUCAAGAACAGUGAGUCUGCGGCGUGCAGCCGCACGACGUCGUCGUCGUCAGGCGCGUCCUCGUGCGGCGGCGCGCCGCCCGCCAACAACAACGUGCCGCGCGCAGAGCCCGAGCUGCGCCAGGCACCAUGGUUCCAACACGGGAUACCACGAGAGAUAGCACUAGAAGUCCUGAGCUCGCAGCCGGUGGGUGCGUUCCUAGUGCGCGGCAGUACGACGCAGGCUGGCUGCUUCGCGCUGUCCGUGCGCGUCCCGAGGGACUUCACGCCCGCCGGCAUCGCGCACUACCUCAUACUGCGCACGCCCAAGGGAUAUAAGAUCAAGGGGUUCACGAAGGAGUUCCCGUCGCUGUGCGCGCUGGUGACGCACCACAGCGUGAUGCCGGAGCUGCUGCCGGUGCCGCUGCGGCUGGCGCGGGGGGGGGCCGGGGGGGGGGCGGCCGGCCCGCGCCGCGCCGCGACCACGCAGACCUCGACGCACUCGCGCGCGCACACACGCGCACACCGCACACACACACACACUUCCUCGCACAGCUCGACGUCUAGCUCCUGCUCCCGCAGUGACGUCACUCACUCUGCACGUCAUUCCCAUUUUAGUCAAACGAACUUUGGAAUAAAUGCAAGCGACAGGUGUGAAUAA